AAAUUUUCAAUCAAAAAUCAAUUCAAUGAAAACGUUUAUAGCACACAGAACGCACACUUUUUUUGCUGAGAAUAUAUUUUUUUAAUUGUCAUUUUUUUUAAAUACUUUCCAAAGGCAUUCGACAAAACGCUAAAAGAUGCUGUUAAACAAGGAAUACUGGAAGGAAGUGAUACAGGAAAUCGAAGAUGCAGCGCAUCAAAAAACGCUCAAAGACCUCAUCAAAAAUUAUGACCUCUCAGUCACUUUGCCAGAGGAUUUGCAGCAGCGCGUUAAGAAGAUAAUGCCUUACGAGUUUGACGAAUAUGACCGCCUGGUGUAUAUUGCCGAAUCUGCCGUGGAGACGCCGAAAUCGUUCGACAUAGAAGAAUCCACAGAGGAUGAAUUUGAGCGCAGAAAAGUGAAAAAGAAGGCUGUUUUCAAUGAGAGUACAUGCUCUGAAAUCGAACGUAUGGAGAAUGAGUUUGUCAAAUUUGAAGUCAAGCUCGACACUGGUGUGGAACGUAAGGCGAAAGCUAAGAAGCAGAUUAACUGGACCUCGGGUUACAUAUGCAAGCCGCGACGGGAGCGUGUUAAAUGGGACUCGAAGAUUUAUCAUCUAGAAAGAAGUUUGGCAGAGAAAACGCUGGACGAGCAGGCGGAAUGUUUAAUGGAUGCGUCAGCAGAGCGUUUCACCGAGUGGUUGAACUCUGUAAGCAACAAUCGUGAAACGGACAUAUCAAAAGCUCAACUGAAAUCGUUAUUCUCGAUAGAGGGUGACCGCCGUCUCUUAGCAUCGAUACAAACCGAGCCAAAAGAGGUGAAGGCCAUUGCUAAAGCGGUGGCGGAUAAGUGGAAUUUGCCUGAGAUGGCCAUCGAACUGAAAUAUGAGAAUUAUAUUAAAGAUUUGCUGAAGAAUGUACCGAAGAAAGUGAUAAAAGUCGCUUUUGGACGCACAGUACCCUAUGAGGAACGUCCAUGGGUACCAAUGGAACGUGAUCGUUUGAUAACCACGGUAUUUCCCGACGAACUACUCUCCGGUGCAAAAUUAUUCAAGGGCAUUGGUCAUCUGCGUUCAGUGAAGACACUCAAAGAGUUUUACCAGCAACGUCCACACUUAAAGCGACCAAAGUAUUUAGAGAAAACAGGUCUUUUCAGAAAGACAAAGAAAUUGGCCACAAAGCAAGAAAUUCCAUUGUACGAGUUGCUCAAGUUGGAGUACUAAGCUUAUGGACAGAACGAGUUUUUAUACUAAUUUUGUAUCAAAUAUAACCUAAAAAUUUCUACACGUCUCAACAAUGAUGGCUAAAUAAUGACAGAAAAUUUGAGAUUUUUAGUUUUGUUUCAAGGAAGCAGAUCUUC